AAUUUACAGAGAAUGACAAAAAUCCGACAUGGACUCUUGAGGACGGAUGCAGGAAAAGUGUCGGCACCUUGUUGAGAGUGUUGACACCUUGCAGCUCGUGCUGCACAUCUUUCAGCUCAUGCUCGGCCUCUGCACCUCGUGUUCAAGUUCUGCACUUCGUGCUUGGCCUCUACAGCUCGUGGCUGACGUCGGUAGUAAGUGUUUGAGCUCUGCAGCUCGUGCUCUACACUUCUAUGUGUUUGAGCUUUACAACUCGUGCUCUAGUUCUGCACUUUGUGCUCGACCUCGGCAGCAAGUGUUUGAGCUCUACAGCUCGUGCAAGUGUUUGAGCUCUGCAACUUGUGCUCAAGUUCUACACUUCAUGGUUGACUUCGGCAACUUGUGUUUGAGCUUGUCAGCGCGUAGCUCAUGCUCCAACAGGGACUUUGUAGCUCGUUAUUGUCGAACUCCCAGUGGGCUACUUGGGGUAGCGUGUAGAUGCUCUUUUCCUUCCACGGAUGGGGAACAAGAGGCUAUUGUAGAUGUGCAUGGUGUGUUCACGGUAUGUGCCACCGAGCUGAGAGAUUGCUUUGCUGCUGUCGAGCUGGGUUACUUGGUUACUGCUGAGUUGGACUGUCUUGCUUCUGCUGAGCUUUGCCGCUGCCAAGCUGGACUACUUGGUUGCUACCGAGCUAGGCUGCUCUACUGUUGCCAAGGAGGAGCACUGCUUUGAACUUUGUCGCUGCCGAGCUAGACUGCUUUGAUGCUGCCAAGCUGGGCUGCUCUACUGUUGCCGAGCUGAACUGCCUCGCUUCUGCCGAGCUGGAGCAUUAUUUUGAGCUUUGCUGCUAAGCUGGGUUGUUGUGCUACUGCCGAGCUGGGAUGCUCUGCUGCUGCCAUCAAGCUCGAACUCAUCUUCUCAUUGAGGGCUUUGCUGACACCUGUUUAUCUUCUUGUGAAAGCUUCUCUUCUUUACAAGCGAAUAAACCCAUUUUGUAAAU